UCGAGCUAUCCUCGAUCUCUUCUUCACUCUACCGUCCGCUAAUCGAGAGCCAUAAGACGGGACUCUUUGUACUGUAUCUCUCUUUCUUGUACCCUGGGACGUACAGUAGAACAUGGCAAAUCCAAGGCAACGGCGCAAACUUAGGUCUAGCUCCCACAAACCCGUACACCAUUCAAGACGGGCAAAGAAAAUACUGAAGAAACAACCUCGUAGGUUAUGCUGAUAACAGACCUUUUACGCGAGGACGCUUGGGACAAGCGUAAGACAGUACGCCAGAAUUACGAGGCGCUGGGCCUGCUUGCCUCGCUUAAUCCCACUGCAUCCGGCGGCAUGGAACGACCUCUCGAACUCAAAGAGCGCUCCAUCGAGGCAUCGACGCCAGAAGCAUCAACCUUGCAGAACUGUGCCGUGGAACAACGGAAUUCCCUCCCGAAGGGGUAUGGCAGAAUUAUACGCGAUGAAAAUGGCAACAUUGUGGAUGUGGAGAUGGCAGAGUCCGAUAGUGAAGAAAACGCGGAUAACAAUCUGGUUGAGGAUAUUCCAGAUCCGACCAGCAAGGAAGACUUAGCUGGUUGGGUGGCUCUCGGGAGUUCAUCAUCGCGUAAUACCGAGACGUCCGGUACAGGCGUGGUGCAAAAACUCGAAGAGUUGCAGUCGACAGACAGGCCAGUCUCACGGUUUACAUCUUCUGGGGAGUUUAAGACUUUGCAGAUGCUUGUUGCAAAGUAUGGCGAAGAUGUGGAGGCAAUGGCCCGCGAUCGGAAGUUGAACCCAAACCAACGCACAGCCAGCGAAUUGCGUCGAGCGUUUCGUAAAGCAGGAGGUUUCCUUGCUCUGUAGAUGAGCGGCUAGCGAUUGAUGAUGACGACGUCUGCUUUCAAGAGUAAACGGAAGCUGUCUCGAUCAGCCUUGGGAUCGCGGGUUCCAAGGGCUUCCAUGACAAAUGUGGCAUCCCAAGACGACAGCAAUGUCCAAGAUGGCACAUUGCCUGCCCUGGAUGAGGACACCUGGGGCGUCGCGUAUAGCACUCGGGAGAUGACUCACGGAUAUGGCGGUGUUGUGUUGGGUGCGCAGAUAUGUUUGUCGAAUUCGUUGUGAUGUUGAACAUACAGCAAGUCGCGUGUGAUAGUGCAAGUCGAUGUUUAAUAUACUAGCACGCUGGACAUCGCAUGGAUCGCAACAUGCAAGUGGUUGUCUGUGCAAAGAGUUCCAACGCUAUACCAAAAAAGAGUUGAAUGGAAGCCAUCGGUUAUGCGAUAG